AUGGACGAGGGGCAGCAGCAGGCGGGGUUAUGCGGUGGGGGAAGCGGUGUGGAGGGCACCGAUCAACAUGGCGAACGGCGCAGCGUGGGGGGCACCGAUCAACAUGCCGAUGAACACAGCACAGGGGACGGCCUCAACUUCGAGUUCUCCUACGAGAGCAUCCUGAACAACGACAUUGUGAGGCCCCAGGAGAUCGACUGCGGGAUGUCUUGCGCCAGCUCCUUCUUCGAGGGAAGUGAGAGGGUCAGCCCUGGGGGCGACUACGCUAUGGACGCUGCGGGUGGUCCACCCAGCUGCGCAAUUUCUGCUCCCCCCCUGAGCGCGCGCAAUAGUAGCGCCCUGGAGUUCUCCUUCCAGAGGGACGCUGCCCAGGGUGAGGCACUCCAUAGAGGAAGUUCACUGGGGGGUGAAGCGCCCCAAGGGGAGGGACACCCCCAUGGUGGGGCAGAUGGUGGCAGAGAAGGCGGCGAAGAUGGCGGUACAGACGGCGCCGCAAAUGGCGGCAGAGACGCCCCACAGCCUAGCAACACAUUUACGCAGAAGGAGGAAAUUUCACCUGGCGAGUUACCACCUGGCGAGUUACCACCUGGAGAGCUACCACCCGGAGAGUUACCACCCGGAGAGUUACCACCCGGCGAGUUACCACCUGGCGAGGAACCCCUGCGUAGGGGUCCGCCCACCGCGACCUCUGGGGAGACGUGCCUCGUGUCCCCCACCAUGACCAGCACAGACAAACAGGGAAGGUACUACAAGUCAAGCCCAUCGAUCAGCUCCACUAGAACCAGCGAUGUGAGUGAGGCAAACGAAAUCUAUAGGUCCCUACAAACGGAGAUCGCUUCUUAUAAAAUGAAAAACUUUCACUUGAGGUCGGAAGCACAAGUGCAGAGCAGCUACUUGGUCAAUGAGAGGAAGAAGAAUGAGGAGUACGUGCAGAUGCUCCAAAGGUUUCUCUUGGAACCUAGUGGCUGCUCUCAACAAGGAAACGACACCAUGGGAUCACUCAACUUGUUAGAUGUAGAAAAUAAAAAACUGAGACAAGAGCUAGCUCUUAAAAGCAGCGAAGUGAUUGAGCUAAGUAAUUUGGUGAACAACCUGAAGGACCAAAAGGUAAUUUUUAUGAACUCUCUACAGAACGAAUUGGAAAUGUGCAUUAAUAAAGAAGCGGAGGCAUCCCUGAUGCUGCAUGCACAGACGAAGCGACUAGCCAACGCCAAUAACUUCAUUGCUAAGCAGAACAGACAGAUAUCCCAACUGAAGGAGGAGAUACUAAAAGUUGAGGAGACCUACAUCCUCCACGUAAACAAACUGGAGAGUCGAAUCAACCAACUGCUCGAAGAAAGAAACGAAUUCGUUUCGACUGCCAAACGGUUGGAAGUGAUUAACCUGGAGAGCAGAAAGAAGGACGAGGAGCUGUCCAAGUGCAGACAGAGGUGCAAAGAGUUAAGUGAGGAGUUGAAUGACCUCCUCAGGAUCGUUUCAGCGGAAAGGGAUAACAGGGGGGCCAACUUUGGAGGCUUCUACGAAGAUGGGCACAGCAUUUCGUCGUUCGCGUCCCUCCAAGGGGGAUUCCUCUCUGGCUGCCCCCCCACUGGAGAGGCCCCCCCCGGUGGGAACCCCCUCCGGGAGGAGAACAUCAUUUUGGCCAAGCAGCUGCAACAGAUGAUCCAACAGAACGACGCCCUCAAAGCGGAAGUGGCUCAGCAGGUGCAGGACCUCCAAGAGGUCACCACCCAACUGGAGAGUCACAAGCAAACCAUAAAGGAGAAGAACCAAAACUACACGUUGCUCCUCAAUCGGUACAACAGCUUGGAGCAGGACUUCGAGAAUGUUCACCUGCUGUGCAUGCAGCUGGAGGAGCGGUUCCGGGUCGAGCACAGCAGCCCCGCGCGGGAGAGCGGGGGUGGCAAAGGUAGCGGCGGGAGUGGCGGCGAGAGUGGCAACCGGAGCGGCAACCACUCGCGGCUGCUCAGCAGGAGCAACUUCUCCCUGAGCGACCUUGACCUGAACCACAGCCAGCAGAGCGAGAGCGACAUCCAGCACUACAAGAUCUUCUGCUCCGAGCUGCAGCUGGAAAACGAGUCCCUCAAGCAGGCCGUGCAGCGCCUCAAGAGCAAGAACAGGAAGCUCACCACCAGCAUGGAGCUGCUCCUGCGCGACUUGGUCGCGGGGCAAGGCGGCACGCACGGUGGCUCACACGAUAGUGUGCAUGGCGAUUCACAUGGCGGCGCAACUGAGGAGAGCGCCUCACAUGGCGGUGACCAAGAGAGCCCCCCUCCAGGUGGAGGUCAAACGGGGGGGGCCCAAACGGAGGGGAACCACCCAAUGGAGGAAAGAACCAAACGGGAGAACCAAACGGAGGGCAUCCAAACUGAGGGCGUCCACACGGAGGGCGUCCAAACGGAGGGAAGGGGAGGAGCACUCGGGGAGAGCCAAACGGAGGGAAGGGGAGGAGCGCUCGGGGGAGACCCCCCCAAUCGCAGUCUCAUCAGCCAAGGGGUAAACACGGAGGAGAAGGUCUCGGCGAGCAAGCAGGUGUACACGCACGAGAACAGGUCGUUCGUGAGCUCCGGCACGAACACCAACGGAGUAGACGUAACCGAUGUGGGGGUGGACCCAAACGUAAUUAACCUAACCGAUGUGGGGGUGGACCCAAACGUGAUUAACCUAACCGAUGUAGGGGUCGACCCAAAUGUGAUUGACCUAACCGAUGUGGGAACCUCCCCGGAGGAAGAGAUGAAGGGCACCCAAAACAGAGAAGUACAAACGGAGGAACUCAAUUCACAUGUAAAGUUCACCCAGACGGACGAGAGCAGCAGUGCCAACAGGGAAGUCCUGACGGAUCUACACGGAAUGAACAUCUGCAGCGUCAAAAGGAUUAUGCUCGCAUGCAGUGCCUCAAAAAAUAAAAAAGUGCAAGUGACCACGACUACGAUGAAUGCCUCUGUGCAAACGGUGGAAGCUACCAAACGAGGAAAACUCUUCAACUGGGGUGUCUGCCAGGACGUCCUCUACGAUAGGCGAAGAGACAGACGCACCACGAGAAGGAUAAAGAAAAGGCAACACGUUAAGGGGGGGAGGGACUCCCUCUUCUGCUCAGAUGAAGGAUCAACUGGAGGAGACGUCUCCUACGAAGGGUCAAGCGGGGGAGACGUCUCCUACGAAGGGUCAAGUGGAAGAGACGUCUCAUACGAGUCUGGCUCGACCUCAUCCACCAGUGCGUAUGCGCAUUUUAGGUGCACGGAGAAGAAGAGGAAGAAGGAAGCGGGAGAGUACUCUACGCAGAGCCGGUUCAAAGGCGACUGGGGGGGCCACCUACCCGCGCGCAACAGGAGAAACCAACUAACCGCAAACAGUAGGAAGAACCACCUACCCGCACGUAGGAGGAGGGUAAAGGCAAACUGCAACUCUCUGGGCGCAUCUAACAGUUACGCCUUGCCGAGGGGGAAGAAGCCCCACAGAAAAAGCGAAAGGGAAGAGGUGGAGUCCCUCAUAGAGAUUUUGAAGUACUCCUCAGAUAAUUGCGAACCGGAGGUGGAACGUUACGAUGAGUUAAAUUUUGGUAGCAGUCGGGGCAGCUUUCAUGUGUAUUCUUCUGACCACUCGAGGGUUCGCCUUAAACGGAGGGAGGGCAAGCAAAGGAGACACCUGCGUAGAACCCGUAAACAGGUGGGGGACAUCUCUGAGGAGGACUCCAUCGAAGGUGGCUACCCCCCUCACAAGAGAACCACCCCAAGAGGGAGAAUGAUAAAGAGACCCAUCAUGAGCAAUAUACAAUGCCGAAGCUGCCACCCCCAGUGCGUCAUCGUAAAGGAAAACAAGCACGUCCAGACAGGGGAGUACUUCCUCGAGAGUGAAUUUAACUUCGCCCCUAGCAGCAGCAGCAUCACCCCCAUGGGCUCACCUCCUUGCAACGUAAAGAAGAAUAUACGCACGUUAAAGAGAAAGGUAAAGGAGUACCAUAGUGAUUACUACGACACGCUUAUCAUUUGCGAGCACUGCAAGGGGGUCUACGUGGACGUUUUGACUUUACACAUCGUUCGUGAGUACCUUGCGCGGAUUGGCUUUCGUCGCUGCUGCGGGGGGAAGGCGGAGGGGGCGCAGCGGGGCGAGUGCAGCGAGGCCUCCACGGAUGAGGGGAGCGCCCAGUUGAGCGGCGAGUGCAGCGAUGAAUUGAGCGGCGAGUGCAGCGGUGAAGUGAGCGGCGAGUGCAGCGGUGAAGUGAGCGGCGAGAGUAGCGGCGGGCAUAGCGGCGGGCAUGCCGCUACCCGUGCUGCCAAUCAGUCGGGUGGUGAAAGCGCCAACCCCCCCGCGGGGGCACUCGAGGCCCUCCUCAUCAAACGCAUCCCCCUGAAACUGCCCAUAUGCACAUGCACGCUGGUGAAUCUGAAAUACAAAAAGGUUCUGGUGAGGAAGGAGGAGUCAGCCGCGCGGGUGGUUAGAAGACCAUCCGGUAGACUGCCCAGCCGACCAGCCAAGCGGAAGACCAAGAACCAUUCGGUGAACAUCUCCCCCCAGAAGGAACAACUUAACAGAGCACUACUCAUAUUGAAUCAGCUGAGGGUCGAAUUGAAACAAAUAAAAUGCUUCGUCUGUAACUUCCUUCUUUUAAAUGAAAGGAACGAGUUGCAUCGGAUCCUUUUGACAUCCCCUAGACUGACCGAUGUGCUUCCCUUCCUAUUUAGGAAGUAUACCCUAGGGGGGGAGAGUGAGUGCUUCUCUGUGGUGGCCUCGUCCGGGGGGCUUCCUCCUAGCGGGGUGCAAGUCAGUACGGGGACCCACGGGAACUUCCCCCAUUGUGCAUCUAACAGUAGAGGGAGCCACCUGACCGGCAUGAACCCGUUUAUGGGUUCUAUGUUGGCCUCUACGAACGAUGGGGGGGGAUCCUUCGCAGAUGUGUCCACUCCCCUUUGUGGGGUAACCACAGAAGAGCCGCAUUCUCCCAUCAUCAGAAGAACACACCUACUUGACGGAGGAAGAAUAGCCAACCAUGGAGCGCUCGAAAGUUCCUCUUCUCUCUACUCACUCGACAGAUGUGUAAACCAAGCGAACCACAACGAACUGUGCAGCGAGGUCGCCACGCACAAGUCAAACGGUGCCGCUCACCACUCUGGAAGUGUCCCCCACAGAGAUCAUUUCGUGCGUCAAGAAGGAGAGGAGAACGUCACCCUGUUUGCCAUCUGGUCGGUGCUCCGCUUGCACGAGUUGCACGUGGAGUAUCAUAUAAGAAGAGGAGGAGUGGGGCCCUCCAACGGCACGGGUGGUGCAGCGGAGGUGUCGACUGAGCUGGGGGGCAGUUUCCCCAAAGGUGGGACCCCCCCAAAUGAUAACCAGGCAAGUGGUACCCCCCCGAGUGAUAACCCCUCUUGUGGUGCCCCCCCGAGCUGCUUCACCCCCCCCAGCGGAGUGGACUCCUUUUUCGAGCCCUACCUCCCGCAGCUGGGAGGAAGGAUCACCCCUUCAGACGAAAGAACAUCACUCACGCUAAUCAUGCGGGAUGUUGUUAAGCACGUCGAGGAGAACUGGAAGGCCAUCGCGUCGGUCCAUCUGCAUCUGAACGAGCCCCUGAGCGCAGCUCCGAUGCGAAUGGCAGAUGUGCUGAGGCUAAUCCGGAAUUACGCGAAGGUGGGUCCCUACCUGAGCAGGUUACCAAACGGGGGAGGGGGCGAAGGGGGAACGGACAAGCGGCCACCGGAAGGGGGCCCAGACGAUCUGGGCAGAGAAGAUCUGGGCAGAGAAGAUCUGGGCGGAGAAGUUCUGAGCGGAGAUGAUCGGCUAGCGGAAUGGCACCGCGCAACCGGGGAGCACCCGCUCAUCCUUCGCUUAAAAGAAAAAAUAGAGCAACUCGCUGAGGAGAAGGAGGCGACGAACAAGCUGCUGCGCGAAGCCGUGGAGGACAAAGAGAGGUACUCCCAGUUGUGUGCCGCCCUUCAGCAGGGGAGGAAGCCCGCGGAGGAGGGGGGACCCCACAAGGAAAAAAUCGACUCGUGCAUCAGCAGAAUUGACGAGCUGCACGCGGAGAUAGAGGCGCUCAAGCAGCAGGGGGGCGGUGAGCGUGGUGGUGUUGGCGGUGGUGUUGGCGGUGGUGUUGGCGGUGGUGAUGGGGAACGCGGUGGUGGUGGCGAUGGCGAUGGCGGUGGCGAUGGCGGUGGCGAUGGCGGUGGCGACGGUGAUGCAGAUGACGAUGGUGAUUGCGAUGACGCCCGUGCCAAGCGCCCCGCUGCGCCCAGCCGAGCGAGCAAAAGAAAGACAGCCGCGACGAGCAGCACUCUCCAAGGGGGCCAAGUGGACGCAAUCUACAACGCCAUAAUCAUCCUGAGGAACAGCAUCACCCAUCUCGUAACCUACGUGCACAAAAAGAUUUGGGGCAACGCGAGGAUCAGCCUCAACCACAUCAGGCAGCUCUACACACACGUAGUCAACGUCCUGCUGGACCUUCCCAAAGAGUUAGGCCUCGCCGUCGUCUUCGUUCGUAAGAGGGAAAUCAAUUUUGAUGUCUACAUAAAAAAAGGGGGUCUCAGUUUGGAAGCGGCGGGGGGGUGGCUCCCCAUGGAGAAGCGAUUCCCCUCGCGCGAUUCUCUGCUCGCUCUGCCCGACGCCUCCCAAUCAGACGGCAGUUCGCUGGAGGGAGCGGUGUCACCGGGGAGAAGGAAAAAAAAAAAAAAAAAAAAAAAAAAAAUGACCACCCCGCAAAUGCUCACGAGGAACGAGGCAAACGUGGUGAACGCUACGAACGAGCUGAGCGAGCGCCACUCGGGAGACGAAGCGGCGGUCGCGGCAUCACAAAAAAAAAGGAAAGGAGGAAAAAAAAAAGUCGUGCAAGGAGCCCACUGCCUGGUGAAUCUCGCGGACGUCUCCGACCAGGUUAUCCGGCGAGGCGCUCUGCGUCUUCCCCCCUCGCAGCGCACACGCGUACGCGUACGCACCCUCAUACGCACAUUCAAACACUUGCGUGCUAACCACAACACUGUAGCCCCCUCCACGUGCACUCUUCUCUCCCUUUGA